AUGGAGCCGCAAGCUCGGCUCGGAUCGAGCUUGCCAGAAAACCCGCAGGGCGACUCUAGUGCGGUGGCGGCGCUCGGGACGGCUCAGGGCGGCGGUGACCGACCACCUGAGGUCGGAGGGGGUGCCACAGGGUGGCCCAAGGUGGUGGCGGCGCGGGGAAGAGGUCGCAGACCUACCUCGGCCUGGGCUCAGUCUAGAAGGCAGCAGGCGGUUGGUGCGGCUGCAGCGGCGCUCCGGGCGGCUCAGGGUGACGGCGGCCGACUGCCCGAGGUGGAGGAGAUGCCUCAAGGUUGGCCCGGGGUGGCGGCGACGCGAGGGGAAGGCCGCACGGUCAGCUUUGCCUGGGCUCGGCCAAGCUGGGCGCAGGAUGCAGCAGCAGCAGUAGCGAUGCCCAGAGGUGACGGCGGUCGGCGGGGAGGCUUGCCAGGGCACAGGGGCGACACCGGAAUGGUGCAGGGAGAUGACUGCAGCCUCAGAUCUGUCCGCAACCCGAGAGGAAGAAAGAUAGAGGGAGAGGGAUGA